CUAUCAGUCAAAACACUUGUCUUUCCAUCCUCCUCAGGAAAGACAAAGACAAAAGGAGGAGCGGAGAAAUCGAAACGUCGCCGUACGGUGGCCGGAAAAACAACGUCACUCCAUCGGUUCCGCAGAUUCGAACUAGACAGCGGGGUUUACCAGAUUAUGGAAGAAAGGACCUGGUUGAAGGUGGCUGUGAUUCUCUGUCUGUUUGCAGUUUCCAAUGGGCGAGAACUUAAACUCAAGCACAAGGAUCAUUCUUUGGCUCAUUACAAUCACACUCUUGCAACUAUACUAGUGGAGUAUGCUUCUGCAGUUUACAUGUCAGACUUGACAGAGCUGUUUACUUGGACGUGCUCAAGAUGUGAUGAUAUGACUGAGGGAUUUGAAAUAAUAGAGUUAGUUGUUGAUAUCCAGCACUGCUUGCAGGCGUUUGUUGGUGUAGCACAGGAUCUUAAUGCUGUCAUAAUCGCAUUUAGGGGCACUCAGGAACACAGCAUACAAAAUUGGGUGGAAGACCUGUACUGGAAACAGCUGGAUUUAAACUACCCUGGCAUGCCUGAUGCAAUGGUGCACCAUGGAUUCUAUUAUGCUUACCACAACACAACUAUUCGCCCUGGAGUUCUUAAUGCUGUUAAAAGAGCAAGGGAGAUAUACGGGAACGUGCCCAUCAUGGUGACGGGGCAUUCAAUGGGGGGUGCUAUGGCUUCCUUCUGCGGACUUGAUCUUAUAGUUAAUCAUGAAGCUGAGAAUGUUCAGGUUAUGACAUUUGGACAACCUCGCAUUGGCAAUGCAGUUUUUGUGUCAUACUACAGCGAACUUGUUCCAAAUACAAUUCGGGUCACAAAUGAACAUGAUAUCGUUCCCCAUUUGCCUCCAUACUAUUCUUAUUUCCCACAAAAGACCUACCACCAUUUUCCAAGAGAGGUAUGGCUUUAUAACAUUGGAUUGGGAAGUCUAGUUUAUACAGUGGAAAAGGAAUGUGAUGGUUCUGGUGAAGACCCAACCUGCUCCCGGUCGGUGGCAGGGAACAGCAUUGCAGACCAUUUAGAGUACUAUGGUGUUAUAUUACAUUCCGAGUCAUGGAACUCAUGCAGAAUAGUGAUGGACCCUCUUGUAAAUGAGUACAUUGCAACAGAUGCUGAUGGAAAUUUUAGAUUGUCAAAGGAUCCUGCCGUGUCUGUAAUAAAUAUGAACACAAGGUCAGGUAAUGGGGGCAACUCUGUUUAGAUUUUUAGGGAAGCAUGGUUUACAAGUUGGCUGAGGGGGGUCAAAUAACCCGGUGGAAUUCUUUGUCUAGAGCAGUUGUAGAUCAACUGAUGAAUAUCGUUGCAGUAGGCCUGGGCUUGGAAGGAGAGCGAAGUGUGUAUAGUUGCUAAAAUGUGUACAUGAUCAUACAUGUUAAUAUGAAAUACUAUGAUUAUGAAAGUGAAAUGCUUUCUGAUUAUUUUUGUUACAA